ACGCUGUCGUUGUGGCGCUGUAGUGGUAAUCUUCACUUCUUGAAUUGAAUUCUCUUUACUUCCCAACUCCACAAUUUUUAUUCGAGAUUUUGAUCUAUGUAUAUGUAGCCUAAAUAAAUGUUAACCAAAUGAAUACCGAUCGGAUUACCUGCCUGUGUUUUUCAUUAUGAGCAAUCAUUUCUGGUGGAAGUUGUGAAUCAUUCCUGUAAUUUUUUCGAUUGUAAUACGUACAAUCUUACAUUAUUUAUUUAUUUUUCUUUCUUUUCUUUCUAUAUAAUAUACGGUCAAUUAUAUCCAAUACUUCAUAAUGACUGAACUACAAAUGGAUUGUGCAUUGGAUUUAAUGCGGCGACUCCCACCGCAACAAAUCGAGAAAAAUUUGAGUGAUUUGAUUGAUAUUGUACCAAGCCUCUGCGAGGAUUUGCUCUCUUCUGUUGAUCAGCCUUUGAAAAUCGCCCGCGAUAAAGAAUCUGGUAAAGAUUACUUGUUAUGUGAUUACAACAGAGAUGGAGAUUCUUACAGAUCUCCUUGGAGUAAUUCUUAUGAUCCACCUUUGGAAGACGGUUCAAUGCCCUCUGAAAGGUUACGCAAACUAGAAAUUGACGCCAAUUAUGCUUUUGAUCAAUAUCGUGAGAUGUAUUUUGAUGGAGGUGUUUCAUCGGUAUAUCUUUGGGAUCUCGAACACGGUUUCGCUGGUGUUAUAUUAAUCAAAAAAGCUGGAGAUGGCUCCAAAAAAAUUAAAGGAUGUUGGGAUUCAAUCCAUGUUGUCGAAGUGCAAGAAAAAUCAAGCGGAAGAAAUGCUCAUUAUAAAUUAACAUCCACUACCAUGUUAUGGCUGCAAACAAAUAAAAUUUCAUCAGGAACUAUGAAUCUUGGUGGAAGUUUAACGAGACAGAUUGAGCAAGACGCAAGCGUAUCAGAAUCCAGUCCCCAUAUCGCUAAUAUCGGUCGUUUAGUUGAAGAUAUGGAGAAUAAAAUACGAAAUACUCUCAAUGACAUUUACUUUGGGAAAACUAAAGAUAUUUUGAAUGGUUUACGUAGUGUUCAGCAAUUAUCCGAUAAGGGUCCCCAAGAAGCUUUGAAACAAGAUUUAGCAAAUGCUCUUCAAAGAAGACAAGCGAAAACUGAAAAUUAGUAAAUUGUGAUGUUUAUUAUAGGUUAUUAUGAAACUGUUAACAAUUUUUGUUAAUAUGUUUUCGUCCCCUUGUUGAAGCCAUUUAAAUGGAAUUAUUGGCAUAUUGUUAUGCAUUGGAAUCGUAUUUUGUACUUUUUUUUCUGGACGAAACGUGUUCAUGGUGCGAAACUGUAUGAAUUUCGAAUUCCAUGUCCCUUUUGAGUUUUUUUUUUUCAAUGUAUUUUAUAUACCAUACCGAAUUUUCAAUCUUACUUUAACGAGUAUUAUUUUUUUUGUUAAAUUUCAAUAUUUAUUGUUCCAGUAGCAAUCGAAUUUUGUGUGUUGAAACUUUCGCUUAAGCGUCAAUUCUGUGAUAAAAAUAUUAGGAUCAUUUCUUAUAUAUCCGUAAUCUUCAAAUGAAAGUUUGUAUUGAAAUUUUUGUUAUUUUUAGUCCACAGAUUGCUUAAAAUCUUGAUAUUUUCGGUGAUUUUCAAAUCGAGCCUUUUGAAUUGUAUUUCGAUGUCUAUAUUCAGUAAUUAGAAAUUAGUUAAUCAUAGUUUAAUUUCACAACUCAUUUUUUAAAAUUUUCGUUACGUUUACAAUUGAUCAUUGUUGAGUACGUUCAAAUGUUUACUAUAUAUUUUAAAGUUAUCUUCGUAGUAUAUUCAUAAUCAUAUGUAUUCUAUUGUAAUAUAAUUUGUUUUUAUUAUUA